GAGGUUCUUAAACAAAGUUUGGCUUGUUAGGGAAAGUUCCUAACUGUCAGGGUUGUCGAAUGGGGCUUGAUGGAAGAAAGAAGGGACAACGUCUUGUCAGCAAACAACACUUACAGUUUACAAUUCUUGGAACUCAAAAGACGCGUGUGAAAAUCCCCGAGGAAGAAUACAACGUCGUACAGAACUUAAUUAAGUUUAUAUCGCCGGCGUCACGCUUUCUAUGUCUAAAGUGCAUAGUUCUAGCGGGGAAAGUUUUUGAAAUGACAGUCGGUACAGUGAGGAUAAAGCAUAAUAACAUAUUGUCUUAAUUUACCUUCCAACAAGAUGAUUUACUUGCACUGCGGACUUGCACAAACUUUCUCUCCAAUUUACUUUUUGGUUGCAGCGGGGAUCUUGGCGAUGUUUGACAACAGUAAAACAUUUGGAAUUGAACAAGAGACGGAGAGCUUUCUGCAGGGGCUUCCGCAGUACGAGGUCGUUCACCCCUACCGAGUGGACGCCAAAGGUCACUUCCUGUCCAACUUUGUGUCCCACUGCGUCAGCCGGGUACAGCGGCGGGAAACCCAGGGGGAACCAGGAAACCCUACACGGGUGUUCUACCAGUUGCAGCACGGUGGCCACAAUCUGCACUUCAACCUCACCCUCAACCCACACCUACUGGCUCCUGGCUUCCUGACUGAGAGGAGGUACGGUGGCCUGGAGGGGGCCAAAAUACGCAGCCAUGGCCCCUCGCUGUGUCACUUUAUCGGGGACGUGUGGGACCGGGCGUCUAUGAAGGGGAGGGCGGCUAUAAGCACUUGUGACGGCCUGACAGGGCUGUUCAAGCUGUCCCAGGAGGACUUCUUUAUCCGGCCAUUGGAGCGGUCUAGUGAUGAGUCGACGGCACCACAAGUCCACAUUAUCUACAAGCGCCACACCUCCCCCACCCAAAGCCAGUUGGUACAGCCCAUCUCUGGAGACCAUACCACCAACGGUACCUGUGGGGUCAAAGAUCCCGCUGCGGCGUUGGAGCGUGUGGAGAGGCAACGGGAGCGCUGGGAGAGACGCCAGCGGAGGAAGAGAAGGAUACGUCAGCGUUCCAUCAGCAGGGAGAAGUGGGUGGAAACGCUGGUGGUGGCCGAUUCCAAGAUGGUGGAGUACCACGGCACCAAGGGCGUGGAGAGCUACGUACUGGCUGUCAUGAACAUCGUGUCAGGGUUGUUUCGUGAUGCCAGCAUUGGAAACCCCAUCAACAUCGUAGUGGUUCGUCUGAUCCUGCUGGAGAAGGAAGAGGAAGACCUGAAGAUCACCCACCACGCUGACAACAGCCUGAGCAGUUUCUGUAAGUGGCAGAAACGUCUCAACGUGAAGGGAGAAGAACACGCGGUCCAUCACGACGUGGCCGUCCUUCUCACCAGAAAGGACAUCUGUACGGCCAUCAAUAAGCCAUGUGAGACCCUGGGCCUGUCUCAUGUGGCAGGCAUGUGUCAGCCCCACCGCAGCUGCAGCAUCAGUGAGGACACGGGCCUGCCGCUGGCCUUCACCGUCACCCACGAGCUCGGGCACAACUUUGGGAUUCAGCAUGAUGGGAACGGCAAUGACUGUGAGCCGAUUGGGAAAAGACCUUUCAUCAUGUCUCCACAGCUCCUGUAUGGCACCUCCACCCCCAGCUGGUCGCGCUGCAGCCGCCAGUACAUCACCCGCUUCCUCGAUCGAGGCUGGGGCUGGUGCCUGGAUGACCCCCCCGUGCGGGACGUGCUGGAUCUGAACUCUGUUCCCCCCGGGGUCCUGUACAGUGCUGCCCACCAGUGCCGCCUACAGUACGGCUCUGGAUCCCUGCUCUGUGACGACGUGGACAACGUCUGCAGUACUUUGUGGUGCACUGUUGGGACAACUUGUCACUCAAAGCUGGAUGGUGCAGUCGACGGGACCAGGUGUGGUGAGGACAAGUGGUGCUUUGACGGGGAGUGUGUGGCGGUGGGACACCAGCCUGAGAGUGUCAAAGGGGGCUGGGCUCCAUGGAGCGAGUGGUCUGCCUGUUCCAGAACCUGUGGGGCCGGAGUUCAGAACGCCCAGAGGGACUGCGUCAACCCAGUUCCCAAGUACGGAGGGAAGUACUGCGUGGGGGAGCGAAGGCGCUACAAGAUCUGUAACAGCACCCCUUGCCCCCCCAACCAGCCCUCCUUCAGACUCAUCCAGUGCAGUCACUUUAACACCAUGCUUUACAAGGGCAAGUUCUACAAAUGGGUGCAGGUCAACAACAGAGUGAACCCCUGCGAGCUGCACUGCCGCCCUCUGAACGAGUACUUCUCAGAGAAGAUGCUGGACGCUGUCAUUGACGGGACCCAGUGCUACGAGGGCAGCUUGAGCCGAGACAUGUGUGUUAACGGCAUCUGCAAGAAUGUGGGGUGUGACUAUGAGAUUGACUCCAACGCGGUGGAGGAUCGCUGUGGGGUUUGCCAUGGCAACGGGUCUACUUGUGAGACUGUGAAGAAGACCUUUAAGGAGAGCGAAGGGCUUGGGUAUGUGGACAUUGGGCUGAUUCCAGAGGGGGCUCGGGACAUUCGCAUCGAGGAGGUGGCUGAGGCUGGGAAUUUCUUGGCUCUCCGGAGUGACGACCCCGGCAAGUACUUCCUGAAUGGCGGUUGGACUAUCCAAUGGAAUGGGGAAUACAAGGCAGCGGGGACGGUGUUCACCUAUGAGAGGACAGGCCAACUGGAGAACUUGACCUCCCCUGGACCAACCCUAGAGCCAGUGUGGAUACAGCUACUCUUCCAGGAGACCAACCCAGGGGUGCGCUAUGAGUACACCAUCCAUAGAGAGACUCUUCUGGACUCAGACAAUGAUAUCCCUAACCCCGGUUUCUUCUGGAAGUAUGGCUCAUGGACUGAGUGCAGUGCCACCUGCGGGACAGGUGUCCAGCGACAGAUUGUUCACUGUGUGGAGAGGACCUCUGGGAUAGUAGAAGAGGGCUACUGUGACCCGUCGACCCGUCCUGACGAUAAACGAGCCAGCUGCAAUGAGGAGCUUUGCCCAGCCAUAUGGUGGGUGGGCGAGUGGCAGAAGUGCUCGGCCACGUGCGGUGAGAAGGGCUUGGCCAAGAGGACGGUGCUGUGCAUCCAGGCCGUGGGUCUGGAGGAGAACAGAGCCCUGCAGCCCUCUGAAUGUCACCACAUGCCCAGGCCUGAGUCAGCGGCGCCCUGUAACGCUCAUGUCCCCUGCCCCGCGGACUGGUCGACAGGCAACUGGUCAGAGUGCUCGCUGACGUGUGGCGGUGGUGUGCGGAGCCGUAAGGUUGUCUGUUCCAGAAACACAGGGGUAGACUGUGACCCCCGAAAGAAUCCUAGUUCCCUUACUCCAUGCUACCUCCAGGACUGUCCUCAAAUCAUCGACGUCUUCGGUGGCAGCAACGACUGGUCUGGCAGUGGCUCGUCCAGCAAGGAAAUCAACGAAAUCAACUCCAUCCCUGACUCCAACCCCCUGCCCAAACACAGUACGACUAGAACUCAGCCAAGGGCCCCUAACAAUCUGAAUAACAUCAUCCCCCACCCGAAUCACAUUGACAAGACUACUGACAACUCAGCCAAAAACAAUGUACCGGUGGACGAUUUUUACUACGACUACAACUUCAUCAAAUUCCACGAGGACAUUUCCUAUGACUUUGGCUUGGGGAACAACGGUAAAGACUUGGUGGGUGAUCUUGGACUAGAUCCACAACAGGAGCCUAAACCAAGCUCUAGUGCAGAAGAACAUGUUUACAGAGAAACUACAACAGAUCCUCCCACAGCUACCUCACCCAUUUCUACCACUUUUAAGACGACUCCUUUCAUUAGGGAAGUUGAGGAACCACAAGACCCUAACCUGGACAAUGUAGAGGUUGAUGGAAGACCACAGACGGCGAAGCCCAAUGAAGUAGAGCGAGAGGAGGAGGAUGUACUCCUUUCAGAGGACUAUUUUCUACCUGUUUCCACCACACCCUCAGCACCAGUUAUAGAGACCAGGUUUUCACAAAGCUGGAAAGGAACAAACGGUAAUUUUGGUUGGCCUCAUUACCUCAGCUCAGCAGCCAGCCCGGUGUCCACUAGCAUGGGGACCACUGACAACACACAUGGGCCCCAGAGUGAAGAAAAGGAUGAUGAAAACACUGACAUUUAUGUCCAUUUUGAUGUGGAAGACGGCAAUGUUGGUACAACCAUCGAAUGUACCACCACUUCCCCUGUCAGCCAUGACUAUGAAGAUGGCACCGUACCCACAACAAUGGUAGAAAAGGUGAAAGAAGUGGGUGUUUUGGACUACAAUUCCCACCAGGAGACUGCAAUUGGACUACAAUCCCCUGGCUACCAAGAUGAAACGGAGAGCCCGGUUCCACCCCUGGAUCCACCUUCCCCAGGCCCUGUGUUUGAGUUUGAAACAUACGAGGACAGCUUUUUCACCACAACCCUGUCCCAAUGGGAGGCAACCACUUCUCUUCCAUACGCGCCACCAGCCCCAGACUCCACUGAGGAUUACAAUGGCGUUUUCCCUGGUGAACCAGACUUUGAUCAGCAGGACUUUGAAAUUGGGCCCAAAGCUGAUAGCGAAGUCAAUUUAGGGGUCACCGACAGUGACUUCACCGUGACCUCACGUCCUGUGUCUCAGGAGCCACAUCUUCCACCCUCUCCUCCCCCACCUCUGUCCCAUUCACUCUCAGGAAACCAGGAGAACAUCAAACACAGCACAUCAACAACUGGAAGUGACUCCUCUCCUCCUACUUAUCUGGAAGGAGACCCUCAGUCUCCACCUGGAAGUGACUCCCCUCCUUCCACUCAUCUGGAAGGAGACCCUCAGUCUCCACCUGGAAGUGACUCCCCUCCUUCCACUCAUCUGGAAGGAGACCCUCAGUCUCCACCUCCGUCAAUGUUAGCAGAGACAGAGCCAGCCACAGCCCAGUUAGAGACAGACAUUUCAGCACAGUCCUCCACGACUGGGCCAACUCCAUCUAAAGGGGGCCAAUGCGGGCCCUCCAGUCCCCCUCCCCAUACGGGUGUGGAUGUCACCACAACCACUCCCCAGGAUGGCACGAAACCCAUGCCCCUCACCCAGUCUGAGCCAGCCGUGUCCCCUAGCAAUUCCCCUGAGCCCGCCGUGUCCCCCACCCAUUCCCCUGAGCCAGCCGUGCCCCCCACCCAUUCCCCUGAGCCCGCCGUGCCCCCACCCAUUCCCCUGAGCCAGCCGUGUCCCCCACCCAUUCCCCUGAGCCAGCCCCGUGCCCCCACCCAUUCCCCUGAGCCAGCCGUGCCCCCCACCCAUUCCCCUGAUCCAGCCGUGCCCCCCACCCAUUCCCCUGAGCCAGCCGUGUCCCCCACCCAUUCCCAUGAGCCAGCCGUACCCCCCACCCAGUCCUCUGAGCCAGCCAUGCCCACUCUGCCAACCCAUUCUCCCACCACACUCUGGUCGACACCAGAGCCAUCCUUCUGGAGAGCCGGCAACUGGAGCGCAUGUUCUACUAGCUGUGGUCUGGGGGCCAUCUGGAGGCUGGUGGUCUGCAGCACGGGACUGGAGUCUGACUGUGACCUGACCAAGAGGCCUGUGCCGGCCCGGCGCUGCUACCUCCGACCCUGCUCCUCCUGGAGGAUAGGAAACUGGACCAAGUGUUCCAAGAACUGUGGUGGUGGGGUGACCCUGCGUGAGAUCCAGUGCUUUGACACCAGGGACCAGAGGCCUUUGCGGCCCUUCCACUGUCAGACCGUGUCUACCCGGCCAGUGUCCCGCAUGCCCUGCCUACCCCAGCCCUGCCUGGACUGGUACUCUUCUUCCUGGGGACAGUGCUCUGAGGUGUGUGGGGGAGGGGAGCAGCAGCGUCUGGUUACCUGUCCAGAAGAGGAUCGCUGUGACGAGGACCAUCAGCCCAGCAACAUCCAGACCUGUAACAGCCAACCCUGUACCCAAUGGGUCACUGGCUCCUGGGGACAGUGCUCUGCAUCCUGUGGUGGUGGCAUGCAGCGGAGGCUGGUGAAAUGUGUGAACACCAAGACGGAGCCUGGGGAGGAGGAGGAGCAUGCCCAGUGUGACCCUGAGCCCUGGCCAGAAAACAGCCAGAAGUGUAACCUGAAUGAGUGUGACAGCAGCCCCGCUGGGCUCACGUGUCUUCGUGACCGCCUCACAUUCCGUUUCUGUCAGACCCUCCAGUGGCUUGGCCGAUGCCACCUGCCCGCCGUGCGAACGCAGUGCUGCAAGACCUGCGGCCGGCGUUCCCGUGGCAACGAGCGCACGUCCCGUCGCUGAGGUCAGCGAUCAAUAUAGGGUGGACACGGUCACCCACACUCUUACACUCUCACACGCACAGACAUGGACACGCACAGACAUGGACACGCACACACAUGGACACGCACAGACAUGGACACGCACACACAUGGACAUGCACACACAUGGACACGCACACACAUGGACACACAUGGACACACACAACACAUACAGAUGAUCAGGUAACAGCUCUGGACUUGCAAAAUUGCAGCAUCCAUCUUGUCUAUCUGUCAUUGAAGGGUGAAUCUUGAGCUGGAUACACACACACACAAUUUCUCAUACAGGGGUCUAGUGUCAAAUUGGUAGCUACACUCACCCUGCUGUCCUGGCUGCUGGGUCAGAGCUGCUGGGUCAGAGCUGCUGGGUCAGAGCUGUUGGGAUAGAGCCACAUUCUGGGGGGUAGGAAAACCAUACCUGAGCUGUGCUUGAUUAGUUUGCCUGGUAUAAUGGAACCAAUGGAAUAGUCCCAAAGGUGCUAAUAGAAUUAUAUCAAGCACUCCUCAAAAAAAUGAUUUAACACAUAGUAGGAUGGAACCACAUGUCACAACACAAAUUCCGCCAAACUGUAUAAAGAAGAAACAUGGUUGUUGCUCUCUCUACUGUUGAGAUAAUGAUGUGUUUGUUUGCACUUUUCUCUCUGAUGGAUCCAACUGUUAUUCUGUUUUGAUUGUGAGAAAUGUUGCAGCUGGAACACGGGGUUUAGUCAUAUGUCUGGUUCAGCCAGUAGCAACGUGGACUGGAACACGUGGUUUAGUCAUAUGUCUGGUUCAGCCAGUAGCAACUCGGACUGGAACACGUGGUUUAGUCAUAUGUCUGGUUCAGCCAGUAGCAACGUGGACUGGAACACGUGGUUUAGUCAUAUGUCUGGUUCAGCCAGUAGCAACGUGGACUGGAACACGUGGUUUAGUCAUAUGUCUGGUUCAGCCAGUAGCAACGUGGACUGGAACACGUGGUUUAGUCAUAUGUCUGGUUCAGCCAGUAGCAACUCGGACUGGAACACGUGGUUUAGUCAUAUGUCUGGUUCAGCCAGUAGCAACGUGGACUGGAACACGUGGUUUAGUCAUAUGUCUGGUUCAGCCAGUAGCAACGUGGACUGGAACACGUGGUUUAGUCAUAUGUCUGGUUCAGCCAGUAGCAACGUGGACUGGACCAGCGUACUGAUUUAGCAUACAGUUGUUACACAUUGGUUAACUACAAGAUUACCUUGUAGCUCGUACAAUGCUUUGUCUUGAUAGCAGCUGAUGUAGCGACAAGUACAUGUAGUGUAAGCAACACCACUUGUCAAGUUGGUUCCCAGCUUGUGAAUAAUGCUUUAUAAAGCAGCUACGUAGUGUAAUUAGAGUUUCAUGAAUGCUUAUGAAGUGAGUAAAAAAAAAAAGCCAAAUUCUUUGACAAUGGUGCUGCGAAAAUAACCUGGUGCUAGAGGCGGCCUCGAGCGUCAAACUCCGUCAGGUGUUGGCUGACCAGUGCCUUUUCUACUUGAAUCCUUCCUUCCAUUAAAGUAUUUGUCUCUAAAUUCUGCCGUUUUAGUAUUUGACAUUUUAGUAUUUGUCUCUAAAUCUCAGUAGAAUUCAGCUUUGACCUUACGUACAGUAAUGGGAGAAUUGUUGUUCAGUGUACAGGUGAAUAGAAUCAUUAGAGUAAUGUUACUUUUAGCCAUUCUCAGAGAAUUACGGAGGGCAUAGAGGUUUUAGAACAACAGCAAGGGAGGAAUAUAUGAAUUGCUAAUUUAAGUUAUCAGUGCAUUGCUUUUAUAAAUUAGAAUGAAUAAUUUUGUAUGCCUCCAAGAUUGAGUAUUUCUACUGUCAUUUUGAUGUAGUGAGUGGCUGUCAUAUUUUGUUUAGGCAAUAUGCAAACACUUGACCCGCCUCCCCUAAUUUAUGCACUCAGAUGUGUAAUUAUUACUAAUGAUGAUACAUUGUUCUAAGAAUUAAUUUCCUGUCAAAUGUUUCGCUUUUAAAUCAGUUCUUUCAGAAUUCCUUUGUUUUUGAGGAUACUCUGUUAAAAAACAACUAAAUAUUUUCUUAUCAUGGCACUGAUAAAUCAGCAAUACUUACAGUAGUUUCAACUCUGAGACCUUUAUUCUUAUUCACCUUUCUUUUAACCACUUUUUUUGACAACUUAGUUUAUUUUGUAAAUCUGUGACCACUGAGAGAUACCGUAUAUGUGUCACUUUUGACUUUGAAAUGUCCUUUUUUAGUUUGACCAUACACAUUAGAGUUGAUAAUGAUGAUAAACCUUCAGCAGUCCUUUACGAGACUCAGAAGCAGUUUAUAUCACUCCUGAUUCAGGGAUCCUUUUAGUCAUGCAACCUGAGGAAAUUAGGAUUUACCACAAGGUUUGUUCUGACAGAUGAGUGAUUAGUCUUGUAAAUGUUUUGCUUUAUAAGUGAUGUAUCCUCUAUGUACAGUCAUGUUUUUCCAGCAGCUUCCCAUUCCUGUAGGGGUGGGACAGAGGUUAUUCUAUGCUCUGGGCUAUAUUGGCACCAUCUGUAAGCGCUGUGGUGAGGUUGAACUCUGACUUCCACCUGAGGUUGAUGGUGAGAACCAGGGCAGAGUAGCUGCCUGAGGCUUUCCUGCAGUGGAUAUGUGGCAUACUACUAUUUGUGAAACAACGUUUGCAUAUUCAUCUCUAAAGGGCACAGGGAAAGAUCUCUUUUGUUGUUUCAUCUUGCCUCUUAACAAUGCUCAGCAUGUUCAACAGCACUCAAACCCAUCCACUUACAAAAUCCAUUUCAUCAUGCUUUUUUGUGUUCAUCAAUAGUACAUUUAUUUUGUAACAUAAAUGUUUGUACUUUACAUUUUGUAUUUAUACCACUUCAAAUAAAAUUGUUGAAAAUAAAAA